GCGUCAUGUUGAAAUCCUUCACGGUGAAGAGAUGACCUAUAGUCGUGCUUUAACAGAGUAUUAUUAGUAGUUGAAUUGCCUGACUUGCCACAAGAAAACCAUGCGAUUCAUGUCUUUUUACCUGACGUUUUUCGUCGUUCUGUUUCAACACGUAAACACACAAAAAGCAACCUUUGAAACCAUACGAGAAGUUAACAUACCGCCUACUAUACAACAGGAUGGAUCUCAAAAGUUUUCAUUUCAAUUUAAAACAAGUAAUAAUAUUGAAAGAGAAGAAAUUGGUUAUAAAAGUCCAGAUCCAAAAGAUGGAUUUGUUGUAACUGGGAGAUACUCUUAUAUUAGACCUGAUGGUAUAAAAGAAAUUGUUAAAUAUGUUGCUGAUAAAAAUGGAUUUCGGGUAUUACCAAAGCCAAUGCAAAUAGGAUCAAGAAUAGCUCCUGGUGCUUUAGCUUCAUUAGCUGGUUAAUUAAAAAAUAAAUAAAUAAUUUUAUUUUAGUUUUAUUAUCAACACUUAGUUAUUAAAACAAUCAAUUAUAAAAAUAACCUUUUCUUAUAAAAUACAUAGUUUGUUUUAGUCAAAAUAACCUGAGAAUUUUCAAUUAAAAGUUUACAAUAUCA